AUGGCGGCCAUGGCAAAUCAAUCACAUGAACGUGCAUUUGGUGUUACCAACAUCAAAUCUCAAAUCCCCCUCAUCCUAAAUCUCGAUGAUCACAGCUACGACGCCUGGCGUGAAUUGUUUCUUACUCAUUGCCUCACGUUUGAUGUUCUUGGGCACAUAGACAGCACUUUUCUCCCAGCAAAUGCUAACGAUGCAGCCUGGUACAAACGUGAUGGACUAGUAAAGCUUUGUAUCUAUGGCACACUUGCUCGUCCCCUGUUUCGCUCAUCAUUCAAAACAGGUGGAUCUUCACGCGAUGUUUGGCUACGUGUGGAGAAUCAAUUCAGGAACAACAAGGAAGCCAAAGCUAUUCAACUUGACAAUGAACUCCACAACCAAGAAAUUGGAGAUCGAUCGAUCAAAGAGUACUGCCAGAAGAUCAAAUCGUUGGCAGAUUUACUUACAAACGUUGAUGCUCCACUCAACGAGAGAACAAUGGUAACAUACCUGCUCAAUGGGCUGAAUGACAAAUUUGAUAACAUUAUCAAUGUUAUCAAACAAAAAGAUCCAUUCCCAUCAUUUGAAACGGCAAAAUCCAUGCUGGAACUAGAAGAGAAUCGUCUUAUGAAGUCUCACCGCCACUCUGCAACUCACAAAGAUCACUCAUCCUCAACCACUGCUCUCACAGUCGCUGCUGCACCGUCUACACCUCGUCAACCUCAUCACCAGAACUACACUGAUAACAGAGGCUACACUGGCAACAGAGGCAACAAACAUAAUUAUCGCAAUCGCGGUGGCGACAGACAGAACAACAACAACACCUUCCGACCUAGCUUGCCCAACUGGCCCACUUCAUCAUAUUGGCAUGGCCCAUAUCCUUUCUGGCCCAAUUACUUUGGCAAUUGGUCUCCCUUCCCUCAUAACUCGAUGAGACCAUCAAUGUCGUCUCCUCCACAACCAGCUUACCCUCAAGCUCACUUAAUGGAGAUACAACUAGGAACACCCACAACGGAAACACUUGUUGAUCCCAAUGGUGCUCCAUGGAUCAUGGAUACUGGGUCGAUGGCUCAUUUGUCAUCUUCUUCAGGACCUUCAAACUCUGAGGACUCUGCUCCGAUGUGA